AUGCUCCAAUCCCGCCUGCGGCCCCUCCCCCGCCGCCACUAUUCCACCAACACACCCAGCGCGCCAGCACCAGACCUGCAAAACGAAGACGCCAACGAGAUCGAAGACGAAUCCUCCGAAGACCUCUUCGGUGCAUUCCUCCCCCACCUAUUCCCAGACGACGCACCCUCCUUCCACGGCGACCCAGGCCAACACCUCCUCUACAGCUCCCCCCGCUAUGGCGACCUAAACAUCAUGGUCCCUAGCUACCCAAGCUCAAGCGAGAAGCGCUCGGAGGAGAUAGCUGCCGGCCAAGCCAAUCCAGAUGGCUCCGUGAACCAGGUCGACGAGGGCCGCAAGCUGUUCGCGCACUUCCUGUGGAGCGCGGCGAUGGUCGUCGCUGAGGGUGUUGAGGAGGCGGAUACACCGACGCCAGAAGGUCAGAUUGAGACGGAGGAUAAGAAGGAGGCAAGAGAGUUGUGGAGUGUUGCAGGCGAGACUGUGCUUGAGUUAGGCGCUGGCGCCGCCCUUCCAUCCGUCGUCUGCGCCCUAGCGAACGCUUCAACCGUCGUUGCAACAGACCACCCCUCCUCCCCCGCCCUCACCGGCGCAAUAACCUUCAACAUUGAGUACAACUUGAAAAAGCGCACGCCUUCAGUCACAGGGAAUGUCUCAAUGCAGCCGCACGAAUGGGGCGUACUGAGCGACGACUUCUCGGUCGCGAAUAAGGGCGCUUUCUCGCGCAUCGUUGCGGCGGAUUGUUUCUGGAUGCCCUCGCAGCAUGAGAACCUUGCGCGCACGAUGCAGUGGUUCCUUGCGCCAGGUGGGAAAGUCUGGGUUGUUGCGGGAUUCCAUACUGGAAGAGCGAUUGUUGCUGGGUUUUUCGAGACGGUGCUUGAGAAUGGGUUUGUUGUUGAGAGGAUUUUUGAGAGGGAUUUGGUUUCCAGGAGGGAGGAUGGUGGUGAGGUUAGGAGGGAGUGGGCGGCUGUUAGGGAGGGGGAGGGGAGGGAGAAUCAGAAGAGGUGGUGUGUUAUUGCUGUUUUGAGGAGGGUUGGGGAGUAG